UCAUUGUUCUAUCUGUGGUCGUUACUAACUGACGAAAGGUUGUUGAAAUUUCGCUAGUAACGUUAACUAGCUACCUAGUUAUCAGACAAACGCCAUGUCUAGCAGAGGAGGAAAACAGAAGAAAGGUCAUGUCACCGGUGAACAGGAGGAAGAGGAGCAGCCGCUUCAAGCUGUGCUAGUCGCCGAUAGCUUCAACCGGAGGUUUUUCCCCAUCUCCAAAGACCAACCCAGGGCUCUCCUACCGUUGGGCAAUGUGGCCAUGAUAGACUACACCUUGGAGUUCCUAACAUCCACUGGUGUUCAGGAGACAUUUGUCUUCUGCUGCUGGAUGUCCAACAAGAUCAAGGACCACCUGCUUAAGUCCAAGUGGUGUCGUCCCACCUCUCCAAACGUGGUUCACAUCAUCACCUCUGAUCUGUACCGUUCCCUCGGCGACGUGCUGCGGGAUGUGGACGCCAAGAAUCUGGUGAGGAACGACUUCAUCCUGGUCUACGGAGACGUGGUGUCCAACAUCGAUGUCAGCCAGGCCCUACAGGAGCACCGGCACCGGCGUAAGGUGGACAAGAACAUCUCUGUGAUGACCAUGGUGUUCAAAGAGUCAUCUCCGGGCCACAAGUCUCGCUGCGAGGAGGAUGACGUGAUCGUUGCCAUGGACAGCAAGAGCAAGCGGGUCCUCCACUACCAGAAGACACAGGGCCUUAAGAAGCUACAGUUUCCCAUGAACAUUUUCCAACAUGGAAGUGAUGAGUUUGAAAUCAGACAUGAUCUGCUGGACUGUCACAUCAGUAUCUGUUCCCCACAGGUUGCUGAACUCUUCACAGACAACUUUGACUACCAGACCAGGAAUGACUUUGUCAGAGGGAUUCUGGUCAAUGAAGAGAUUCUGGGCAACCAGAUCCACCUGUAUGUAACACAGGAUGGCUAUGGAGCACGCGUGUCCAACCUGCAGAUGUACGACUCCGUCUCCUCAGACAUGGUACGUCGCUGGGUCUAUCCCCUCACCCCCGAGGCGAACUUCACAGACCAGCAUGGGCAGGGGUGUACCCACUCUCGCCAUAACGUCUAUCGGGGCGCCGAGGUCAGCCUGGGGCACGGCAGCCAGAUGGAGGAGAACGUUCUGAUUGGUCGAGACACCAGCAUCGGGGCCAACUGUCACAUAUCAAACAGUGUCAUCGGCAACAACUGCACCAUAGGGGACAACGUGGUGUUAGACCGGGCCCACAUGUGGAACAACGUACACAUCUCCAGCAACGUAGAGAUUCACCAGUCAGUGGUGUGUGAUGGGGCUGUGGUCAAAGAGGCUGUACACCUCAACAAACAGUGUGUCCUCGCGUACAACGUGGUGAUUGGUCCGAACCUGUCCCUCCCAGAAGGGACUGUGGUGUCCAUGCAUCACCCUGAGGAAGAGGAGGAAGAUGAUGAUGAUGAAUUCCUCAGUGAUGACCAGGAAGUGGGACACGGCACAGACAAGACCAGGCAGAAAGCAUUUAACCCAGCCGAGGUAGGACCUGAGGGCAAAGGUUAUAUCUGGAAGGCCAGUAUGAACGACACUGAGGAUGAAGAGCUGGCACAGUGUCUAUGGGGCCUGGUGCUUAACCCUGAUCCAGAGAGUGACAGUGAGAGUGAGGCCAGCGAGGAAUCUCAGGAUCGCAGUCGCAGUGUCUCACCAGAGAUUGAUGACGUCAAUGCUUUCCAGUUGGAAGUGUUGGGGACACUACAGAGAGGUUUGGAGGAGAACAUCGUCUGUGACAACCUGGUCCUCGAGAUCAACUCUCUCAAGUAUGCCUAUAACAUCACUCUCAAGGAGGUAAUGCAGAUUCUGACCAGAGUUGUUCUGGAGUACCCCUUCCAACAGCAGGGGACGCAGCUCACCACCCUACAGUACACCGGUUCACUACUGCCUCUGCUGAAGACGUGGUCUCCGGUGUUUAAGAACUACAUCAAGAGAGCUCAGGAUCACCUGGACUGCCUGUCUGCUGUGGAGGAGCUGUUCCUGGAGCAGGACACUCAUCAGACUGCUAUGGUCAAGGUGCUGAUGAAAAUGUACCAGCUGGAGAUCCUAGAGGAGGAGGCCAUCCUAAAAUGGUUCUCUACCGGAGCCACCAAUGACAAGAGCAGACAGCUACGCAAGAACCAGGGACUCCAGAAGUUUAUCCAGUGGUUGAAAGAAGCAGAGGACGAGUCUUCGGAGGAAGGAGAGUGAGGAGGAUGAUGAGUCUUCGGAGGAAGGAGAGGAAUAAAGACUGAAGACUUGAGAACCGUGUGAAUAGAAUUCCAUGGUUUCCAUGGCGGUUCACUUUAAAUCUGCACUUAAAGGACCGGUUCCCCAGACAGAUUAAGAGCCGGAUUCAAUCCGUAUCGCUUGAAGAUCCACAUUAAAAAUGUAAAGGUAAUUUCCGAUUUGAGCCGACAUUUCCUUUUAAAUUGAGCUAUAACGUAGAUCUUCCGCGAUACGAAGAGAAUACAGCCCUGUACCCAGUCCUGGAGUAAAAAUCUAUUUUAGUGGACUUUCUCCAUUGAGGAUGCUUUUUCAUUCCAGGAUUAGGCCAAAUCUGUGUCUGGGGAAAGCCGUCCCAGAAUGUCAAAGGUUAUCAGUUUGGACACUGUGGCAGCUUCAUAUUGCUUCUCCAAAAGGAAACGACAUUGUUGGUAUUUAGUGUACAGCGCAAGCAGACACCUUGCUCACAAUGUCACAAGAAGGAAAGCUGUGGUAUGGUUUUGACACCCUAAUAAAUGAAAGAUUUAAAAACACA